AUGAUUCACAAGCUAAUAAUUCUUUCCGCGGUUCUCGUCUAUGCGACCUGCAUGGUCAUUCAUCAGACCAUACCAGUCUACCUACCAAUCCAGUACGAGGAGCCGACAAACUAUAACUACGGUUAUGAAGUCAACGAUGCAAACACUGGAGACUACAAAAGACUUCAAGAAACCAGGAACGGAAACUCCGUGGUGGGCCACUACUCCAUCCUUCAACCUGACGGAAUCACCAGGACCGUGCAGUACACAGCUGACAAUGAAAACGGGUUUAACGCUGUUGUCAACAACGUAGGGAUACCAAGCAUUCCUGAGAGACAAGACAAAGAUAAUGACUCGCGUAAGCAAGAAGAGAGACCUAAGGAGCAAUCUUGGCAAACUCAAAGCGAGCAAUCAACCUCGUCUCCAUCGCUUUCUCAAGCCUUGAUACAUCAUAUCUUGAAAAACUGGUCGUAA